AAGACCGGGCUUAGACCCCGGAAGGAGGCGGCAGCUGCAAGUCCCCGAGUCCCCACCCUGCUUGGCCUCUGCUUGCGCUCACAUUCUGCUCGCUGCCCGGCGUCAUGGAGGUCCCCGUGGCUGCCCUGGCCGUGCUGCUCCUCACCGCGGCCUUCUGUUCCCAGACCUACCCUGCUCUGUUUGGUGCCAACACUCCGACCGCCUGCUGCUUCUUCUAUGUCUCCCGGAAGAUUCCACGCAAAUUUGUGGACAACUAUUAUGAGACCAGUAGCCAGUGCUCCAAGCCCGGUGUCAUCUUCCAAACCAAAAGAGGCCGGCAGAUCUGUGCUGACCCCGGUAAGGUCUGGGUCCGAGAAUACAUCACCUACCUGGAGCUGAAUGCUUGAGUGGCUUAGAAGCUACGAGGAAGGUUUUACAUCUCUGGGCAGAUUGGGGAGCAGGCACCUGAGCUGGGACAUUGGAACUCUGAAAUGCACCUCUUCUCUGGGUCACACUGCCCCCCACCCAAGCCACACUCUGGGUUCCUCCUUAACUUUAAUUUUAGUUUAUAUAUCUUAUUUAACUUUUGUAAUGAAUUUCCACUGUUGAAUUGUGUGCUGUAAUGAAUAUUUUCUCUGCCAUCUCAUGCUAUCCUCUUCCCCAUCCUCCCUCCUUCCUCUUCAGUUCUCAUACUCAAUAUGUGGAUCAAUCAGUGUGAUUAGCUCUCUUUGCAGAAUUUGUAUCACAUAUAUAUCAAACAACAAAUGCUUAUUGAAUGGUUUUGCCCAGCACUGUGUUUCAAACUUUUGAAGGCACUUAUAUAAAAGGUAAACCAGC